AUGUCGGACGGCAGCACACCGAAGAGAGCCAAAGUUGAAAUAACCCAGAACCAUGACAAGGUGGACUGGAGGAAGAAGAAGGCCGAACUGCAAGAGGCCAAGAAGCAGAGGAAAGAGGCCAAGCUCAUAAAACAAUUAGAAAAACAGAAACAGUCAGAGACCGAGGCAGCUGAGAAGGAGGAGCCGCUGCCACAAAGCCGUUCAAGUCGAGGUCGCGGGUACACAGUGAGCGUGGCCCUGCCCGGCUCGGUCCUGGACAACGCCCAGUCCACAGAGCUCCGCACCUACCUGGCCGGGCAGAUCGCCAGGGCCUGCGUGGUGUUCUGCAUCGACGAGAUCAUCAUCUUUGAGGAGCAUGGGGAGGAUGUCCAGUAUCUGCGGAAAUGUUUCUUUCCGAAGCAUCAAGAUCUACAAUAUGCUGGUCUGCUGAACCCACUGGACAUCCCCCAUCACAUGAGGGUGGACGAGGAGGCGGAGUACCGCGAGGGCAUCAUCCUUGACCGGCCCACCAAGCCAGGCAAAGGCUCUCUGGUCAACUGUGGCAUGUGGAAGGAGGUGCAAAUCGACAAAAAGCUGCAAACAGGGCUCAGAGUUACGGUACACCUCAAUAAGAAGCAGAAAGAAGAGAAAAGGCUGAUUAAGGGCGUGGUUGUCCCCCCUCACGUGCCCCGGACAGAAGGAGGGUUAUACUGGGGCUACAGUGUCCGUCUGGCCUCCUGUCUGAGCGACGUGUUCACACAAGGUCCACAUAAAGAAGGCUAUGAUGUCACGAUCGGCACCUCAGAAAAAGGACGCAACAUUGACCAAAGUACAUUGCCGGCGUUUAAGCAUCUCUUAGUGAUCUUCGGCGGCCUCCAGGGUCUGGAAGCCAGUGUGGACGGCGACCAGAACCUGGACGUCACGGACCCCAGCGUUCUGUUUGACCUUUACCUCAACACAUGCCCGUCUCAAGGCAGCAGGACCAUUCGCACAGAGGAGGCCAUCUUAAUUUCCAUGGCAGGACUCCGGCCGAAGAUCCUGUCGGCGUUCUCCAGUGGCGCCGUGUAG